CCGCAUCUCCACUUUUUUGUUUUCAACUUUUUAUUUUCCCUUUUCUUUUCCAAUUUGGAUAAUGGCUUAUCACCAUCAUCCACAGCCACCAUGUCACCGCCACUCGUCGCUUCCCUAAUCUCCUCCUCUCCCGCCGUCACCUCACCGGCGCCGCCACCAAUACCUCCACAUUGCCCAUCACACCAUUACCCCGCCAAACUCGACACAAUCUCCCGCCGCGACGCAGCUAUUCUCCUCUCGUCGGCCGUCGUCACUCCUUUCCUCCAGCCACCACGCGCCUCGGCGUUAUCAAUCGGAAUCUCAGGACCAAAGGAAUGGCUGAAAGAGCAGAAGAAGAAGUCCGCCGGAUUUCUCUUAGCUCCGGUCAACGCCUCUCGCAAUAUCCUUCAAUCAGCUUACCUUUUACUGAACAAAUCGGAGUUAGGCGAGAAUGACAUGGAAGAACUGCGGAAGCUUCUGGUGUCUGCCGCCAGAGAUUGCGUUCCUCAGGACCGGAAUUCGUUCGUCGAGUUCCAAGCCAACACUGGAGUUGAGGUCUGCACAUUCCGGCUGAUUGUGAAAAAUGCUUCGUCUUUGCUUGCUGAUAGGGAUCCAAUCAAAUCCGAAGCUGAAUCCAAGCUCAAUGAUCUCAUCAGAUCAUUUUCCUCUCUUAAUGGCAUGGCAAGGGAAAACGGUACUCAACUCGCUUCAAAUAGGAAAAAAAUUGGGGAAGCCAUUAAAGAUACAGUAUCUUCACUGAACGACUUUGAGCAGGGCAUCAAAGAUUGUCUCCAAGUGUAAACGAGUGAACCUUAAAGUCACUUUAACCUGAUGUUUAUCGAGCUGCUGUAAACAUAUGAAUUAUGAACCUUAAAGUCUAGGUUCCAUCUUUGUAACCAAUUUCUGUACCAUUCUUGUGCACUUCCUGUUUGACGGUUAAACAUGUCGAUUACCUUGUCUAAAAGUGUAGCAAAAUACUUGAAAAAAUAUAUGUUCAACUGAGCAGUACAAAGGUUCAAAAAAUGAUCAAUGACUGUAGAUCUUGUAUGUCAGGGCUUCUGUAGAGGUUCAGCUCAUCUUUGGUUUGUACAAUUCGACCAUAACGAGUUAAAUAUCCUGUUACAUUGUCUAAUUAUUUUUAAGUUUUUGUUUUUUAAUUAUGGUUAAUUGCUACUUUAUUUCAUAUUUGUUUAAUUCGCGAAG